GUUAUAGAGAUGCGUUCAAGUUCAAGGUAUAAAUAAGUCGCGAGUCGCGACAUGUCCGCUUUGACACGGAGAUUCGUCUUGAGUUUUUGCGUUGGUAUAUUUUGACAUUAGUAUGGCAGGUCUGCCCCUUUUACCGGGAUAUACUUUUCGAGACGUCAGUGUGAGUAUUCGAACAAGCGUUGCGUAUUUCCGUUUUUUUAUAGGCGAAUCUGUUAAAAGAACACGUGGAUUGUCAAUUUAUCAUUUCGAGAAGUCGAAUCCAAGUAGUAGGUCGUAAAAGAAUAUAUAAUUAAGUUCUUUAUAUUUCCAUAAGGUGAGGGAUUACAAAUUGCCACACAAACUCGAUGUCCUAAAUGGUUUUCCUGUAGUACGCGACACUAAAUACGGCAUCGGAAGGAAGCCGACAGACGCAGCAUCCGUUCGGUAUGCCGACGCUCCAGACCCUGUGGAGUACGAUCCAUCGCUAACUUACGGUCGCUUGCCUCGCCACGCGUAUCGACGAUUCGUGCCCCAUUAUGCAGUAUUCGCACAAAAGUGCCUACGUUUUAAGGCCUACUUUCGUCAGGAAGUCUUGAAUUCUCCGCACGAGCAUUAUCGCCUGCGCCACGUAAACAUUAUUUAUUAUCUGGAAGACGAUACGCUCUGUGUGAUUGAGCCUGUGGUCGACAAUGCCGGUUUCCAGCAGGGAAAGCUGGUGAGGCGCGACAGAGUUCGAAAGAGUGCCAAAGGAGACUUAUUUAUCUGGAAAGACUUCAACGUCGGAAUUGACGCGUGCAUUUAUGGGACUGUUUAUCACAUUGUCGACUGCGACCCAUUCACCAAAGAGUUCCUGACGAGCCAGGGUAUCGACGUGGGUGAGAGGGAGAGCCUGCCCGUGGAUCCUUACACGGAGCAACGCAACAUCAAGUCAACGACGACACCGACGACGACAAUCAUCGAUGAUCCCAGGCGACGCUUUCUCCAAUACGACGGCAUGGUGUUGUCGUUCGAUGCCACGUGGAACGGCGAUCGCUACCGGGUGAUGUACUUUCCGACGGACGACACCGUAGCGAUCGGUGAGAUACAUGAGCGCAACGACGGCAAAGACCCCGUGCCGAUGCUACUCAGGCGAACACGCGUGCCGAAGGACUGGAAGAAUCUGCCGGCCCGGCAUCCGAGCAUCUACAUGGAGUAUGGUGAUCCUGAAGUCGUCGAGUACUGUACACCGCGCGAUUUUAGAUUGGGCGAGACGAUUCUCUUGUUCGGCCGGAGCUUCCUGCUGCACGACUGCGACGCCUUUACGCGCAAGUAUUACUCCGACGUGCUGGGUACGCCGCAACCGAGCGCGGUUCCACUUCCCACGAGAGCGGAGAGGCCGGCGCCGAGGCACGACGUGCCGCCGCACAUAAAAUUCGGCAGUCCCGAGGAUACGUAUGCCAGCUGCCUCUCCUUCCUGCCGAGAGCGCCAAGGAAGAACGUCAUUCGUCAGCUGGCGAAUUUCCCGAAGAAACUGCGCUAUUCCGCGCGGAUGGACGCGGCGCAUCCGGAGGAUGAGCAUCGCGACUUCGUGUUGGAGUACAAUCUGAGCGACGGUGCCGUUCGGAUCAACGAGAUCGAGAAGCGCAAUUCCGGCCGGCACGAGGGCUGCUUCCUGUCCUCGCGGCGCGUACCAAAGCCGGGCACGGGAAGGGACGAUCCGGAGUAUUACACGCCGCGGGACUUCUUCAUUGGCGCGCGCAUCGACGUGUUCAAUCAUCGUUUUAUCAUUACCGGGGCUGAUUUGUUCGUGUAUCGGUACGUCGAGGCUAACCGCGAUAAGUUUUGCCAGGAAGUGCGAGAAAACCUGCGGAAUUACUUCCUGCAGCAAGGUAUGCUGCGGGACGACGUGGACGUCGAGGCUGGAAAAAAACAAGCCGAGGAUGAGCGGAAACUUCUCGCGAAUGCGAAAGCUCUCGAGGACGAUGUCGACGUGAACGCAUGCACGGGCGAGAAAUUUCGUACGGCCCCAGUCGUGGAGAAUUAACGGCUGCUCAAUUGAGUCAUUAACAUGUAAAUGAUUUCAAUUUACGUUUUCUGUCAAUCUUCUCUCUCUUGCGACGCCCGCUAAUUAAGGGGCGAGCCUGCUUUAGAACGCUGAAAAUAAGGUAUAAUAUUACGAAUUUGUUUGGAGAAACUAUACAGCGGAUCAUU